AUCACUAUGUCGAUAUUUUAUGGGAUAGGCGAAAGACUAGACAUGUAAACGCGUUUGUUUUCAUAUUUGUUGCUUGUUUGCAAUUGCCAUAUGCAUUCAGUAUAAUCACAUGUGCCUAUUUUCUCAAAUACACUAUUAUUGUUUGACAUGACUUUGGAAGAUCCAUUUUAUGUUGUGAAAGAUGAGGUGUUCCGAGCACUGAACAAGACCCGAGGGCUGUACCUCCGUUGGCAGGAGCUGUCCACCUCCCCCAUACUUCCAAACAGCGCAGAGGUGGAAUGGACAUCUAUAGAGUUGAGGAACGCACUCCGUAGUAUCGAGUGGGAUUUGGAAGAUUUGGAAGAUACUAUUAGCAUCGCAGAAAAGAAUUCAUCAAAAUUCAAAAUCGACAAUAAAGAAAUUUGUGAUCGACGCAGCUUCAUAGAAGCCACAAAGCAGGAAGUGAAGUUAAUGAAAAAUAAGAUGAGCAUGAACAAAAACCGCGACAGCGACGGCACAGCACGGGAACCACUGCUACGAGACGGGAGCCCCACUUCGUUCAGAAACAUGAACUGGACAUCCACGCCUAAGUACUCGCAGUACUCGAAACUCGCGUCACAAACGGACAGUCCCAACAGAUUCGACAACUUCGAAAAUGAUCUGCUGCAAGAGGGCAUGAUGAUGAGCCAAGAUGAACAGCUGGCGAUGAUCAACAAUUCCGUCGGAUCGCUGAAGACGGUCUCCACGCAUAUAGGCAUGGAGCUUGAUGAACAGGCUAUGAUGCUGGACGAUUUGAAUUCGGAACUUGAAAAUACAGACUCGAAAUUAUACACAACUGUGGUUAAGAUCUCGAAAGUUCUUCACAUAAAUAAUGAUGGACGACAAUGGUUCGCAAUCAUCCUGCUGCUGUGCAUCUUAGUAGUCAUAUUAGUGUUGUUUAUUAUUUUAUAAUUUCAUCAAUUAGUGCAAUUAUAGUAAUAGUUUGUAUAUGUCUCGAACUAAGUGUUGUAGAUAUCAUUCUUGGUUCGCUUUAAUUUAGGGAUAAGUAAGGAUAACGAGAAAAUUAUUUUGUUAUGUAUGUAUGUUAAUGUACAGGUACGAUAGCGUUAGAUAAGGUUAUUCUACCGUGAGCUGGUUUCUUACUGCGUCAUUUUGAUAUAUUUAAAUGAAAAUAUAAUUUAAAAAUACUGGGAAAUAGUAUUGAUAAAAAUGUGAACAUUUAAGUGAUUAUGAAAACUGGAAAAAUACACUAUUUAUAUACACUAUUCAAAAUAAUAUGGUAUGAUUAUAUUAUGGAAGUUAUAUUGAUGGCAAAUAAACUUACAAUGUAUUAAAGUGAGUAUCGGUUAAGAAAAUAAAUAUAAACAAUAAAUACAUUCCAACUAACAUUAAAAAUAAAAAUAAAAUACAUCUUUUUUUAUAAUUCGAAAUAAAAUUUGUAAAACAAAAUGGCGUGGUAAGACACUACUUCGUAUGAACCUCAGCUUCUAAUGCAGUCUUUCUCUUGCCUCAAUAACUGUAGAACUCUGACGUUAUGAAACCAUAGUAUAUGCAUUGAGAUAAUAAUACUACGUAUGGAGGAGACACCACGAACAAAAUCUGUGCGUCAUUUUUUGCUCUAACUAAGUUUUAAAAAUUAUUAUCUAGUUAGGUACUUACCGAUGAAAGUUA